UCUCUUUUCUCAUUUCGGCUCUGGUUGUAUUAAAAGUUAUGAUUUAACUUUAAAUUAACCAAACUUUUGUUGAAAUAAUUUUUUAAAAAUUUCAUAAGUGUUUUCACAGUCUUUAUCAAGAAAUAAUCAAAAAAUAUAAUGUCUUUAUGUGCGGCAAUUUUCCGUACAGUGCCUAGUAAUGUAAUACGAUCAGCACUUGUGCGAAGUAAUUAUGCCAUAUUAAGGUAUUCACAAGUCGAACCUCAACGUUGGGGUUUAUAUAGAGACUAUGCAACUGAAAAAAAAGUUUUUGAAAGGACAAAAGAACAUGUAAAUGUUGGUACCAUCGGCCAUGUGGAUCAUGGAAAAACUACGCUGACUGCAGCCAUAACCAAAGUUUUAGCUGACAAGAAACUAGCAGAGAGUAAAAAAUAUAGUGAAAUUGACAAUGCACCGGAAGAAAAAGCUCGAGGUAUAACAAUUAAUGUCGCUCACGUAGAAUAUCAAACAGAGAAAAGGCAUUAUGGACAUACUGAUUGCCCUGGACAUGCGGAUUACAUAAAAAACAUGAUAACUGGGACAGCGCAGAUGGAUGGAGCUAUCCUAGUCGUUGCAGCAACAGAUGGUGCUAUGCCUCAAACAAGAGAACAUUUACUAUUAGCUAAGCAAAUUGGAAUUAAUCAUAUAAUUGUUUUUAUCAAUAAAGUCGAUGCAGCAGACCAAGAAAUGGUAGAUUUAGUUGAAAUCGAAAUACGUGAAUUGUUAUCUGAAAUGGGCUAUGAUGGUGAUAAUAUUCCAAUAAUUAAGGGAUCUGCUUUGUGUGCCCUUGAAGGUAAAAAUCAAGAAAUUGGGGCAGAUGCUAUUUUGAAGCUAUUAGAUGAAGUUGAUAAACAUAUCCCAACACCUAUUCGAGAAUUAGAUAAACCAUUUUUAUUGCCAGUCGAAAAUGUUUACAGUAUACCUGGACGUGGUACAGUUGUAACAGGUCGUUUAGAAAGAGGAGUAGUUAAAAAAGGCAUGGAUUGUGAAUUUGUUGGCUAUAACAAAGUAUUAAAAUCAACAGUAACAGGAGUUGAAAUGUUCCAUCAAAUCUUGGAAGAAGCUCAAGCUGGUGAUCAACUCGGAGCAUUAGUUCGGGGUGUUAAGCGUGACGAUAUCAAGAGAGGGAUGGUUAUGUGUAAACCAGGAUCAAUUAAAGCUCAUGAUCAAGUUGAAGCUCAAGUUUAUAUUUUAAGUAAAGAAGAGGGAGGUCGUCACAAGGCAUUCAUGAACUUUAUUCAAUUACAAAUGUUUUCCCGAACUUGGGAUUGUGCAAGCCAAGUUAAUAUUCCGGGAAAAGAUAUGGUUAUGCCAGGGGAAGAUACAAAACUAAUAUUAAAACUAAUUAGACCAAUGGUUUUGGAAAUGGGACAAAGAUUUACGUUAAGAGACGGUAAUUUAACUUUGGGGACUGGUGUCGUAACCAAAAUUUUGCCUCAAUUGAACGAAAGCGAAAGAAACGAAUUAACCGAAGGAAAGAAAGCUCGUGAAAAGAAAAAGGCUGGGGGAAAAAAUUAAAUUUCAAAUACAUAUAGACAGAAUAUUUUUUCCUCCCGAAAUUGCUUUUAUAAGAUUUCAAUCAAUUUACAAUUGGAAUUGUUAGAGUGUUAUAUACAAUAAUGAAGGAAUCCAUAAUAUUUAAAAACAACAAAACCAUAGAUAGGUUUGAUAUUUGUAAGAAAUAAAAAUUAUUUAAGAAAAUAAAUUCUGUUUUUAGUUGAAAAACCAUUUUAGUUAAAAA